CGAGGAGAAAGACGGCGCCGGCGUGCGGCGUGAAGGGGAAAGGUCGCCCCCUCACUAGUGCGGCUGCGCGGGGACCGGGAUCCCGGCAGGGGCGCGGCGCCGGCGGCAGUGGAGCGUGCGCGAGUGCGGGCGCGCCCGGGGACUGAUGGCGGAAGUCGAUCUGGUCGCCGAGUUUCCCAAACCUGCGGAUGCUGCGCGCUACGCCGAGGUUAUGGCUCGCUUCGCCGCCAGGCUGGGCGCGCAGGGCCGGCGGGUGGUGUUGAUCACGUCCGGCGGUACCAAAGUUCCUCUGGAAGCCCGGCCAGUGCGCUUCCUGGACAACUUCAGCAGCGGGCGGCGCGGGGCUACCUCGGCCGAGGCCUUCCUGGCCGCGGGUUACGGGGUCCUGUUUCUGUACCGCGCUCGUUCCGCCUUCCCCUUUGCCCACCGCUUCCCGCCCCAGACCUGGCUGUCGGCGCUGCGGCCCUGCGGCGCAGCCCCUUCGGGUUUGCUGAGCCUGGAGGCCGAGGAGAAUGCACUUCCGGGCUUCGCGGCGGCUCUGCGGAGCUACCAGGAGGCUGCGGCUGCCGGCACCUUCCUGGCCGUGGAGUUCACCACUUUGGCGGACUAUUUGCAUCUGCUGCAGGCUGCGGCCCAGGCGCUCAAUCCGCUGGGCUCUUCUGCGAUGUUUUACCUGGCUGCGGCCGUGUCAGAUUUCUAUGUUCCUGUCUCAGAAAUGCCUGAACACAAGAUCCAGUCAUCUAGGGGCCCACUGCAGAUAACAAUGAAGAUGGUGCCAAAAAUGCUUUCUCCUUUGGUUAAAGACUGGGCUCCCAAAGCAUUUAUAAUUUCCUUUAAGUUGGAGACUGACCCUUCCAUCGUAAUUGAUCGUGCACGGAAUGCUUUGGAAGUUUAUCGACAUCAAGUGGUGGUGGCCAAUAGCCUUGAGUCACGACGGUCGUCUGUGGUUAUUUUAACGAAAGACUCAGAAACCAAGAUAUUGCUGUCAGAGGAAGAAGUAGAAAAAGGCAUAGAUAUAGAAGAGAAGAUAGUGGGUGAUCUUCAGUCUCGACACACAGCUUUUAUACAUGAGAACUGAAGUAAAAAAGCCUUUGUAGGAUCAAAAAUUGUUCAGUGGAUCAGGGCUCUUAAGCCGGCGUUGGUGGUAUAGUGGUGAGCAUAGCUGCCUUCCAGGGCUCUUACCACUGGUAAAAACAAAUCCUUUGCUUUCAUAAAGACAAAAAAUGAAGGGAAAAAACAGUGAGUGGUAUGCAGGUGAAUAUAGUUUGGUAUUUGUCUUUUAAAGAUCAUUUCAUACUCAAUAAAAAUGAAAACAAAAGCAAAGCACUUAUGACCAAGCCACCUGACACACUCAUCUGAUUAUCACCUGGAUUUUGAAAAUGAACAUGAGCUGGUCCUCACCUUUAAAAAAAAGAGCUUAUUGGGAAUUAUAUUCCUCAGCAUAUACAUGUGAGGCCUGAAUAUCAACCUUCAUAAUAUGAGAAGGAUUAUGGAUGCAUGAAUGGCCAUGCCUUAAAGAUCAAAUAUUUCUUGAUGCCUACUAUGUGGUAGGCCCUGAGGAUUAUGAGGAUUAAAAAGAUGAAUAAAUAAUGUCUCUGGGAAAUGGAUGUAUGAAAAAUAAAGUGCAAUAAAGUGUGUGCCCAAAA